ACAUAGCAUCCAUUUUGUUUUUACACUCGAAGAACAACAUGUUUUCCUUGUACCCUAACGAAACAAAUAAGACAAAUGUGUCGUUCGGAACGACAUUGGACCGGCCCAUGUUGCCACUCAAGCUUCCACAGAAUCGAUUUGGGAAUCAGUUGACGGUCGGUGGUAGUCCACAAACUGGGCCAGGAUGCUACGACAAUGCAGAGGCAAGUACAUUUGUGUACGAAAUGGAGCAAAAGCCAGUUUGUCUUCGUGGCUAUUCACUUGGAGCAAGGACUGCAGCAAGGUUUCCAAAGCCAAGUCAUAUGGAUGUGCCAGGGCCUCCAACUCACCAAGCCAUCAUUAGUAAACCCAAAGAGUUUGUUCCAGAUGUGAAACCCUUUCUUGUAGGUGUAAAGAGAUUACCUGAGGAAUCUAAGACUAGUACAAGUUCUGAAAAACCUGGGCCAGGAACGUAUGAACAUGACGUUAGCACUAACAGACAAGUAAAAUACCAUGGAACAUUUGGUGGACCUCAGACGCUAAUCACACCAGUUAAAAUUAAAUGUAACGACUAUGGUGAAAAAGAUAUAUGUAACUCCUGUAAAAAUCACCCAGUUGGCGAUUACUAUGAAUAUAAGAAAAAGCACUUCUGUAGAAAGUGCUACAACCAACACUUAGAAAGCACAAGAAGCAAGUACCCUAAAAGUUAUCUACAAAAAUUUUACAAAGUUCGAGAUUGCUCUCUUAUACAUGACCAUGAAGGCACCAACGCUAAAUUGAUGUUAAAAACAGAAAAGGAUAUCAGAAAACAAAGAUUCCGAGAAGCUUACAUGAAUCUUUAUUUCUGAAUAUGAGAUAUAUCAAGACUAUAGAUGACAGUCUGUCGACGACAGCAGCCAACUCGCGUCAAAAGAUAUAGAGCGCAUUUUAACACAAAUUGUAAAUAUUUGCUGUAACAUAUGAUAUAUUUAAUGAAUAAAAGGAUUUUCUAAAUUUUUCUGUCUCUGUUGACAAAAUAAAAGAAAUGUUAUCUGUAGUGYUGAAACACACUUCGUAAUUAUAAUACUUUGUAAUGUAAAGCUUGUGAAUUUUUUAUUGCAGUCUUUGAUCAUUGUAAUUCUUAUGUAAAUGUAUUUUUGUACAAAGUGGGUGCUAGACAGCAAAAUAAAUACAAAAUUCCAUUUUUUAA